AUGAUGAGAGAUCCCUCGAGAAGAACGCGUUCAGAAGGGAAGACCAAAGCGUUGGAUGCACUGGAUAAACAUAUGACGCAGCGUUCUACGUUAAAAAAAUCAUUAGCAGCAAAUGGGCCCAAUGUGUUGGCACUCAGUGAGAGUUUGGUACUGAAUCACCUACCGUCAAACUCUGAAAAUGUAUAUCAAAGAUCGCCAACGCCCAGACGUUCCAGAGAAUCUGAUGUAGUGAUGCUGGAAGAUAAAUCAAGUGGUCUUAUAUUUGAGGAGGAUGCCGGGGAGAAAGCGCUUUUAUCCUCGCCGAUAAGGAAGGGUGUGUCCUUUUCAGAUCGCGUGGAGAGUUCUCCAACGAUGCAAACGAUGGGUUCUUCACCUAUAAGGCCCUCUUCUAUGACAAAACCUCCUGCGAGAUCAAUACUGAAACAUCCUUCACUUCAUUAUUCUAAACAUGAUAGACCUUCGAGCAGAAAUUCUCCCAGCAAAGCUUCGCAUUUAUCUAUUGAUCCGUCUUCUACGAAUUUUUGGGUGGAGGGAGAAAUCAAGAGCAUGAUCAACACUAACAAUGUAGCUGAAUUCAAGAAAAUUCUGAAAGGCGGUUUACAUGUCUUAAAUGUAACUAAAACUCGAGAUUUCGAGAUAUAUGCGACUUUCAAUAACGUCAUUCCCUCUAUGAAUGGUGUAAUUCUUAACGACAUUGUGCAUCAAAAGAUCGACGUUCUUAUCGAGUGUUUGGACGAAUUACUUGAUACGAGCAUAUAUGCUUUAAGUCAUUUACAGGAGUCAUUGUUGCUACAACAGAAAAAAGAUCCCUUUAAAUCGAGGUGUUUUAUCCAAGUGAUUCGAUUUCUGACCCUACUAUUCUCUAAUUUCAAGAUCAUUAAAUUCCUAGAUGGUAACCUCUCGCUACAACUGAAGUUUAUAGAGGUUUUGAAGGCUUGUGAGGAAUCUUUGACGCAUAGUAACACUAAUAAAGUGAUGGUAAUAUACCCACUAACUCUAUUGAAGGAAGAGAAGUUUGGACAGUUCUAUUUACCAGAUUCACAAAUACGACAAUUGGUAAAUUCGGUGUUUACAAUGAAGUAUAUUGAUAGCACGAAUGUUCAAUGUGAAAGGCUCAUGGUUUUAAAGCAGUUUUUGCAAAAGUAUAGCAAGGUGAUGUUGGAAACUCUUCGUACUUGGUUUCCGUCUGAAGUGGCGGCACGAUAUCUAAUGGAAGACAGAGUAACAUCCGCCAAGACAAGGUCCUGCUGUAAUUUGAUCAUCUUAGAUUUACUACGGAAGUGCAUCUCCAAUGACAAAGUCAGAACAGCAAUUAUUGAAAUUGAAUCACUAUCACUUAAGAGCGUUGUGGAAAAUUGUCCGUUCGGAACGGAAGUAGAUGUGGAAUACACAGAAUUCAUUAAAGACCAAACACUUGGCACAGCUUUAUGCAACAAACUCAUUUCUCUUAUGAAUGACAAGGAGGAGUACAAACUUUCCAUGGACUUUUGGUUAGGCAUGACGGGAUUGCUAUUCAAUUCAACCAAAAAUCUGUCGUUACUGUUAGAACCUGUUGGAAGUCGUUGGUUGGCGGUUAAUGAUGUUUGCUUUAAUUCCAAAAAAUCAAAUCUGAGAGGCAUAGCUAUCAAGAAUAGGAGGAUAUUAAACUAUAUGAUUAUCACUACUAUUACGCAUGAUAUCGAUAACCAUGUUUUGGAUGCAUUGAUACAAAUUGUCAUGAGGCCCUUUGAGUUUCCGGACAAUGAAGGUUUAUCAGAAUAUAUCAUUUUCGCCUUCAAUAGUAUAAUGUAUUUGACAUGCUGCGAUUAUAAGGAUAUGAGCUCAAAGAGAUUCGCUUUGCUUUUCGAAGUUAUUCUUAAACCUCUUUUCCAGAGAAUAAACCAACCAACUUUAUUGCCUAUCUUGGGACCUCAAGCUCACCAAAUACUUCCCAGGAUUAUUCGACUCUUUUCAGAUGAGGAAAACUCAUCCCCACGCCGAUCUAUAGGAUUCCAACCAUUGAAAGCUUUAUCAACAAUUGGUAUCGACUUGCCUGAUUUUGAGCCUAUGAGCAACACAAUCCUCGAAAAUAACUGGAAUUCCAUAGUAGAGUUGCUCAAAGGUAUGAUUGCCUGGCCUGGGUUUAAUUCUCAGAAUUCCCUUAUGAUGCUUCAGCAUUGCAUCAGAAGAAGUCCGUCUGUCAUUCCCAGUAAUCAAGCUUGUGCUCAAUCCUUGGAGUACCUAAAACUAAUUUUAGAAAAGGGAGAGAUCGAUAGAAAUGAGGAAGUCUUCAAAACUAUUAUAAGGAGCUUAGCGGAAAAGUAUGAAUUGCACUUAUUCAGCAACAGCUCCAUUCUCUUAACUAAAAUAUUCCCAAUGGACCAAGUUACUUCAGCUGUCCAAUUUGAAAUGUUUAAGAAUAUCUUUCAACUAGUUAAACCCUUUGUCAAACCUCUGCUACUAUUCGGGUAUUUCGACAGAUUUAGCAAUGAUUUGAUAUCAAAUUAUAUUGCUAAUAUCGUUGGAUCUAUGCUGAUACCUACGAAUAUGUCCCAGCAAGAAUAUAAAAGUCUCUUACAGAUAGUCAAUAAAAUGCCAGUACCUGAAGUCAUUGAUAAUUUGUUUACUUGGCUGCGUAAAACGGACAACUGGGGAAGUAUUGCAGGUGAAUUGAACUUAUCAACAUGGAAUGAUCAUUUGUUUGCCAACUUUAUCCAAAAAUGGAUUCAAGAACAAAAGAACUCUUGGAGUCAAGAAACUGUCCGCAUGUUGACUGAAAGUCUCUGGAAUAGACCAGCAGCAUUCAAAGAGCUGACAGCACUGCUGAUCAAUGCAGAACAAACUCAAAUCAUUAAGGACACCCUUGAGAAAAAUCCAGACAUUAUCGAUGAUAUUUCACCAUUAGGAGAUUUGUCAUUAUUGGAUAUCUUACCUGCAACACUGGUAAAAUCCUCAUUUUCCAAAAUACAGCAGUACGAUGAUGUUAUUAAAACCAAGCUUUUCUUGUGCAUAUCAACACUCGAUGAGAUUAGCAUAAUUAAGUCGAAUACAGAAUUACUAUACCAAUUAUUGUUACCUACUGAUGAUGAUGUGUCCCUUAACAAUGACAGGAAUAUCAUCAUGGAUAUGUUAUUGAAAUCUUCAAUAGGGCAUCAAGACUGGGAUUUACUGUCCAUGUUAUUCGAAGUUUGCUUGCUACGCAGAGAUUCAGACAAAAUUGUUGACUUCUUGACAGCUGGAAAGAUAAAGUUCGAAAAUAUAAAACCAAACACAAUUGCUCGGAUGAUAAAUGAAAGUGGCAAACUCAAUUCGGAUCUUAUCGAUUUCCUCAGGGAUAGUUUUAAGAAUCUAAAUCCCUCUUACGUUAUCGAUUUAAUGGAGCAGCUAUUAAAACAGACAAAAUAUCAGGUAUUUGAUAUAAUAACGGAGGAGUUACUCAGUUUCAUAUUUGAUAUAAAGCAACAAUUAUCAGCUGAUGACAAAGAAAGAUUGAAAGGAAUCUUUCCUGCUAUUGUGGACUACUUCGUUGGAAGCAAUCCAAAAAUUCUCACUGAUAUUAUGAAAUAUGUAGUUAAUAUCAUGAAGUCUGCGAAGGAAAAACAAUAUGGAACUUCACUAAUAGUGCUCUUUUUAAAUCAUCCUGAUUUCAAGAUACAAGGUAAUAAGACUCUGUUGAAAAAGCUUAAUGUGUUCAAAGCCAAUGCAAAAAGAAACUCGACUCGACAAUACAAAUUCAUCCCUCCAAAGGAAAAUAAAAAGGUAUCAGAUCGUGAGACGCUGCAACAUAAUGAACAGCAAGAUAAUACAAAUAUUUUUCCUUUAUCUACAUUAUCUGUUAUCGAAACUAAGGUAACUUCCUCCGAAGAGCUUGAAGUUCCGCUGCAAACACUUUCGGAAACUUCAGAUGAGCUAAUUCGAACGGGGUGCCAAAAAGUCGUUGAGCCUAUACAAAAUUCUAAUGACAAUGAACCAGUAAAAAUGGCUGCUAGUGUACAAUCCGAAAAGCUUGAAGCAGAAACAACGCAGAAUGCAGUGUCACAAGUUUCAUCAGGGGAAAUGGAAAAACAAACGCCUUCUAUUAAAGAUAGCAGCACUGAAGUCAGCGAAUGUCUGCCAGGUGUUGCAAAUAAUGAUGAGAUAUCUAAGAACCUUGAUACAGUGACAAGCGUUAACUCCCCAUCUGGGCUGCCUCUGAAGAUACCAAUUUUUAAUCCUUUCUUUACUGAUGUUAUCAAACUCGAAGAGGAUCUUGCUUCGAAAGGCGAUACCUAUAUAUCAGGGAAGCGGUCUUUAGAACUGAUGAACUCAGCUGGUGAUGUUGCAAGUGCAAAUUGUGAAGGACAGCAUCAUACAAAAAAAAUUAUGCGAAUUGUUUCAAGUUUAAAUGAUGUCGAUAUUGAUGAUGUGAAGUCUUUAAGCAACAACGAUAAGAAGCUUUUGAGAAAGGUAAUGUAUAAUUUUAUGUUAAACUUAGAAGAUUAA